AUUACGAAAUUUUACAUUUUAAUCAUUCUGUUGCCAAAUUUUGGUAAAGUUCACUAUUGAGUGUACUGAAAUGACUGAAAUAUAAAUGUGCCACAAUGAAAGUAAAUUUUUCAUAUCGUUAUCUGCUCAAGCAGAGCUGAAGGCGGGCGGAAGCGCUCGAGCAGAAGCCUUGGUGUCUGUUUGUUUGUUUGGGCUUGGGCUGUCAGUGGGUUGGCUUAAGUAUGCCAAAUACUGACUUAUCGGUUGACUUGUCCCGCUUUGAAUAGUUGUUCGCUCCUUUCAACUGACGGGCCUGAGGAUGGAGAGUAAACUUAACAUUGUGCCUGGGGAAGCACCAGAGUCAGAUGAUGAGGAGAUUGGGGGCGGCGCGCGCACCACAGGUCUUCAAGGUACAGCUGUCAUGGGAGAGGCCCCAGAAUCCUCAUCUUCAGAGGCAGAUGAUGCAGAUGGUGAUGAGAGACUUGAUAGCGUUCAGAGUGUUAGUAGUGCAGCCAGCGUAUUGUCUCUUUUAUCGCCCAUCAAAGACCCGCUCAAAGACAGUUCAAUAAGUAAUUCAAAGGAUGAAACUAAAUACAAUUCUCUACUCCACAAGAAAUUACGAGAGAGAAAUGCUUCCUUACGGAGAAGUGUGGAAGAUUACAUCCAUCAGAGUGUGGGAACAGCUGCAAGAGAUUUAAAUUCAAUUGAUCAACAUCUUCUGAAAUCACAAGUUACACUUCAAGAAGCAGCUACAUCUUUAAGAAUUCUUCAAUCCAACCUGAGUCACAUACACUCAAAACUGUCAUCAAUAACAUCAUCUACGUAUCUGCCAUCCAUCAAUGUCAAUAAACUGUAGGGAAUUAUAAUUGUUGGUAAUCCUGAUCAUGAGUUUCACAAAAAUGGUAGUGUAAGUUGAAAAAGAAAUUUAUGAGAGAUAUUGUGCAGCCUUUGAGCAAAAGCUGAAAAUAUGAGGAAUGAAUAAAGACUGAAGUAAUUA